CUAGCUUAAACUUUAUAUAAACAUUUAUUGUCCUGUGAGGAGUAAUAGAAACCUGCUCGGUGAAGUUGGAAAAUGAUCACCACCUCAACCAGGAAGCGAAAACUCCCCCCUGUGGACUCUGACUGUCAUCCCGCCAAGAAGGGUGUGAGGGAACAGGCGAUGAGGAAAUCUCCAAGAAACCUCCCGCAGUCUCCAGCUGGGAAGUUGAACGGACAUCGGUCGCCUCAGAAGUCCCCAUCCAGGCCUGCAGGCUCACUAUCCACAUCGCCCCUGAAGCUCCCUGUGGUUACGAGCUCCUUCUAUGGCAAACAGAAGACCGUCUAUCUCACCCCACUUGAGCGGAAAGCAGUAAAGGCCUCUCUACUUUCUCGUCCCCCUGCACCCCCCUCUCCUCCUCCUCUGACCAAGAAAACAGCGAAGAGAAAUGUUAAAGGAGGCAGCAAAUCCAAAAAGACACCAGCAGGCUCUUAUAAAGGAGAGAAGGCGAGCACCAAAACCUCUACGAAGAUGAUCAAGCUGCCUGAAAUCAACUGCAGCAGAGUUGCUGCUAAACCACCACCUAGCAGCAGCAGCAAACCAGCAGAGCCGAAGAAAACCUUCAGUUUCAGCAGCCUGAAGCCCAAACCAAAGCUCUUUGUUGGAGCUGCUUUCUUUGGUACGGGGAAGAAACCCACGUCCAUGUACAAGAAGUGCACUCUGAAGUCUUCAGCCCGGCCGCCUUUAGCUGCAGCCAAGAGCAAAGCUGCAAACGGCAAGAGGCCGAAGCAGCAGCUUCAAGAGACGAACCAACAAAACGACCCUACAGAGAAAGAUGAGGCGAAGAAAGACCAACAAAACUCGGGUCAGAGGUCAAAGUUCGACCCCACAGACUGGACGGACUUUGUUGAUGAACCUGAAACUGUUCAACCACUAAGUUCCCCUAAAGUGUUGAAGGAAAGAUAUGGAAUUACCAAGGAGCUAAAGGUCGUGUUGUCCGUGACGCCAAGUCCGAAAUCUGCAGCCCGGUCCUGCGUUGAUCAGGAAGCUCUUGUAAAACAACGUGGCUCUGAACUCGUCUUGGACCUGAGUGAAGUAAGACCCUCCGGUGCUGCCACCAGCGCCCGCAAAGCGUCUGCAGCUGUGUACCCCAUCUUUGGCUCUUCCUCUGCAAGGUGCUCCGCUGUGCGGCCGGUUUCCUGCAGCACCCCCUCUGGUUCCUCAGGAGCGUCGCUGCAGGCGACGGUCGCUGCAACCAAAGAGCGAAACCUUCGCAAGAGGAGGGAGAAGCAGGACGGCGACCAGCUCAUCAUCGACGCCGGCCAGAAGCAGUUUGGAGCAACGGUCUGCAGCUCAUGUGGGAUGAUCUACAGCGCAGACAACCCCGAGGACAAUUUCCAGCACACUCAGUUCCACCAGAGAUUCAUCGACUCCAUCAAAUUUGUGGGCUGGAAAAAGGAGCGGGUGGUGGCAGAGUUCUGGGAUGGAAAGAUUCUCCUGGUUUUACCAGAUGAUGCAAAAUACGCCACCAAAAAGGCUGAAGAUGUGCGGCAGGUUGUGGACAGUGAGUUGGGUUUCCAGCAGGUGACUCUCAGCAGACCAACGCAGGCGAAGACUUACCUGUUCAUCAACACAGACCGGCUGGUGGUGGGCUGUGUUAUUGCCGAGCCCAUACGACAGGCCUACAGAGUCCUCGAGCAGCCGGAUCAGAACAAGGAUAUGACUAAGGACGACUUCAUGGAGCGACACAGAGCCUGGUGCUGCUCCACGGUCUCAGAACAAGCUCUGUGUGGGAUCAGUCGGGUCUGGGUCUUCAGCCUGGCCCGGAGGCAGGGCAUCGCCACGCGCAUGUUGGACACAGUCAGGACGACAUUCGUGUACGGAAGUUAUCUGACCAAAGAGGAGCUCGCCUUUUCAGACCCCACUCCAGACGGGAAACAGUUUGCCACAAAGUACUGCGACACGCCGACCUUCCUCGUUUACAAUUUUAUUCCGUGA